AUGUAUGGUUCUAUUGUGAUGCAUUAUGCAAAUUAUGAUAAGUAUAUGGCAUAUGAAUUGCAUAGUAUGUUGAUCUGUGCUGUCAGCAAGACGACUGGCGAAAAGGUCAUGCCAGCAUAUGGAGGAGGACCUGAGUCUUUCCUUACUAAUAUUGUUACCCCUCUAUAUGGUGUUAUACAUGAGGAAGCUAUGAAAAACAGAAAUGGGACCACUGACCAUUCUACGUGGAGAAACUAUGAUGACUUGAAUGAGUAUUUUUGGUCUCCUGAAUGCUUCCACAUAGGUUGGCCCAUGCGUUUGGACCAUGAUUUCUUCUGUGUACAGUGUUCUAAUGAUCGCAAAGUCACAAAAUCUCGAUUGUUAAUUGGGGCAUUAAAGAGAAGGCAUAACUACACAAUUUUUUUCACAGACUGUCCAACCUCACUCAUGGAUGUUAAUGCUUCAUCUGUCCUUCCAUUUUGA